AUGGGGUCGCUGAGCAGCACGAUGCUGUGCGAAGAGGAAAUAGAGGAGCUGAAGAACACUACCGUCUUUGAUGAAAGGGAAAUCGAGCAUCUGUACGAAAGGUUUCAGUUUCUGGACAGAGAGUCCCGUGGAUACCUGACAUACAAUGAGCUGAACAACAUUCCCGAGUUUCAGUCGAACCCCUUCAGCCACCUAAUAAUGAAGAGCAUUGAGAAGAUGACGGACUACGAGAAAAUGACAUUUCCGCACUUUCUCGAGUUUCUGGGGAUUUUUUCUGAAAGAAAUAGCAAAAGAAACAGAAUAAGGUAUCUGUUUGACAUCUUCGACUUGAAUGGAGACGGAAGGCUCUGCAGAAACGUGCUCAUCAGAAUUAACAAGAUGAUGGGCCAGGACGGAAGGGUCGAAGAGGCAGAGAACCUUCUGAAUAUUUACGAUGAGGGAGGGAAAGGAUAUCUGGACAUAUCUGACUUUACUCGGUUUUACGAAAGCGACCCUCUGAUCGACAAAAACAUGAUCAUUGACUUUUCGAAAAACCUAAAGGAGCGCAGACAGGUGGGGUUUAUGCAGGUCCUGUGGCCUUCUACCUACAAAGAUGAGCCGUGA